AUGCUUCACGAGUUUACGCCCUUGCUUGAGAAGGCAAAACAACACAGUGCGAUUCGUUCUUGUGCUUUUAAAAAGGCGCUGGCGGCGGGCUGCUCCCCAACGCUGCGCGGCAAUUCUUGCUCCGCCGUUCGCGAAAACGCGAAGGCGGCACGGGUACAGCUCCCCGGAACAACGGUGGGCGCGCCCGCGAACGCGAAGCGGCCUCGGUUAAAUUUGGGAAAUGAUUGGUCGCUCAUCCUUCCCUUUGCUGGGCGGGGCGGGGCGGGCGAGGGUCAGCAAAAUGGGGCGCCCCAGCGGAGCCGAGGGAGCGGCGGCCCAAGGCCCGGUACCCCACGCCAGAAGCAGCGAGCCUUCUUUCUCCACAUUUUUUUUUUCCAUCCGCCUGUUGAGUGCGGAAGCGGCGCCAUCUUCGUUCCCGGGCUGGCGGCGAUCGAAAUGGUUCAAACCAUAGAGGGGAGGAGUGUUUUCUCUGUUUUUGCUUUUUGGGGAGGCGGUUUGCGCGCGGGCAGAAAAAAAAAAUCUUAG